CGAAUACUCGUCAAUAUAUUGCGCCAUCCAUAGACGACUUGACUCUCGUACAUGUUACCCCAAAAGAGUCGUCAUCUAGCAUAGUAUAUUGUUCAUAAUAUACUUCUUUUCUAGCUUUCUAUAUCGCCCGUCUGUCUAUCCAUCAUUAAGGUCAUUUCUAAGAUAAUCAUUACACUUCCUCUCAUCUUCCCUCCCACCUUUACCCCUCAUCUCAGAGUCAUCUCAACUCCUUCAUCAUCAUCACCAUGCCUUCUGCUGCAGACACAUCUCGUAAUCUCUUUGAGAAACUCGGCUUCACUCACAACAUCACAAAGACCUCAUCUGGCUCGCAGGUGCACACAUACACAUCUGAUCUUGGCCCAGACACCCCCAUCUUGACCUUGAUUCACGGAUAUCCUCAAUCGGCCUAUGAAUGGCGCUAUGUCGCCCCAGCUCUAAAAGACAAAGUCAGCCUCUUCAUCCCCGAACUACCAGGCUACGGUAUCUCCACCCCGAUCAAGUCCGACACACCAAUCCCGUCCAAUUCCAAACGCUCCGUCGGCAAUGCCCUUCUCGAAGCACUCGCAGCCACCUUCAACACUGCACAAACUCCCCGCAAAGUCAUCAUUGGCGGCCAUGACCGUGGAGCCCGCAUCUCGCACCGUCUAGCCGUUGACUUUUCUCACCCACCCUCAGCCAACGCCGCCGGUGCUCACCCAACCCACCCUGACAUCUUCCCUCAUUUGAACCUCACCGUCAUCGGCAAUGUCCUCCUCGACAUCAUCCCCACCACCGUUCAAUGGGCACGCUUCUCCGACCCAGUCAUCUCCUCCGGAUAUUUCCACUGGCCCAUGCUCGCCAACCCAGAACUCUCCACCCAGCUAAUCUCAGCAUUUGGAGGUGCCAACUGGGCUCGAGGCGCCAACACACGCAUCGCCGGGCCCAACCCAGAAUCCAUCCGUCGCAUCUCAGCUGAUGGUGCAGUUGACAUCUAUGCGGAAAACUUCUCCACGGACGAAGUUCUGUAUUACACCGCGUUGGAUUACGCCAGCGGUUCCGCGCCCGAGUCGACCGAACAGGACGAGGACCAAAAGGCCGCCAGGAAGGUUGAGGUGCCUCUUCUCGUCAUGUUCAGUAAAGCUAAAUUAGGUGCACGAACUGACGUCGAAGCCGUAUGGAAAGACUGGGUUGGUUCAGGAGUCGACUACCGCGGUGUUGGGGUCGGGGAUGGCUAUGGCCAUUAUCUGCCGGAAGAAGCUCACGAAACGGUUGUGGAAGAGGUGGUUGCAUUUUUGAAAAAGGUGACAUGAAUAAAACAGUAGCUUAGAUUGGGUAGGUAAAUAAAUGUGCAAAAGCUCUGGUGGAAAUCUCUAGAGAAAAUUCUGUCGCUAAAUCUCAGUCCG